AUGCUUAACGAGCACAACAUUCACCGUGCCAACCACUCCGCGCCCGCUCUUGAGUGGGAUGAUCAACUGGCUGGAUUCGCCCAGAUCACUGCCUCUGGCUGCGUUUUCGCUCACGACAUGACCGAGGGUGGCGGUGCUGUUUCCUACGGCCAGAACCUUGCCAGCUUUGGCUCUUCUGGCGACAUCAGCGGCCAGCAGAUCCUCUCUGGUCGUCGUGGUGUCACUGACCAGUGGUACAAUGACGAGAUGGAGAACUGGACUUACUAUGGCCAGGCCAACCCUCCCUCUGGUACCGACUUGGAUUCUUGGGGCCACUUCACCCAGGUUGUCUGGAAGGGCUCCACCAAGGUUGGAUGUGCCACUGUCCAGUGCCCUGCUGGCUCUGUCCUCUCUCUGCCCUCUUGGUACACCGUCUGCAACUACGGUCCCCCAGGAAACUUUGGUGGCGAGUACGGCGACAACGUUCUGAAGCCCCUUGGCCAGCCCCCUGUCACUGUUUAA